UCUUGGUUCCAACAUGCUAGAAAUUCUAGAGCCAGCAUCCAUAAAAGUGAAGGCCAUGUUGAAUGUAGAGGUAAUUGGCAACAAGAAAAGGAAGAGAUGUGGGAGAAUUUUCAGGUUCAAGAACUUUGGUGAGCCAGGGUACCCUGUUAUGUUUACAGGGCCAUCAUUUCGUGAGAAUGUGAGUGCAUUACUUGAAUUUGCGAAUUUGGAGAGUAGUUUAAGCAUGGGAGUGUCCAUAUGGUCAUUUCAACUUGAAGUUCAUCACCACCCACCUUUGCAUAUCUUCUUGUUUGUGAUUGAAGAGCCAAUUGAAGCAGCUCUGAAUCGUCACUGCAAGCAUUGUCAAUACGUUGGCUGGGGUAACCAUUUCAUAUGCAAUAAGAAGUAUCAUUUCUUGUUACCCUCAAAGGAGGCACUGGCUACCUGCAAAAGCUGUGAAGGGUGUUGUGAUGCUGCAAUUGCUACAUUAAUGAAUAAUGGUAAGUCCCAAUUAAUAGAAUUACAGGGCCAUAUGAUGCAUGGUGUUUUUCACUCUAACGGAUUCGGGCAUUUGGUAUGUGUGAAUGGAUUGGAAACGGGUUCAAAUUUGGCUGGAAAUCAGAUCAUGGAGUUUUGGAAUCGCUUGUGCAACGGAUUACAAGCAAGGUUAGUCAUCCUGCAACUUUAUGAAGAAAAAAAGAACUUAAAAGAAAGACUAAUUGAUAAAUUUGUACUUUCAUGUGAUAGGAAAGUGAGUUUGAAUGACACUUCACAGAAAAGAGGCAUGGAACUAAGACUUGUCAAUGGAGUAGCUCAUAGCGCGCCAUGGUUCGGUCGUUGGGGCUAUAAAUUCGGUCGAGGAAGCUUCGGUGUAACUCAAUCCAUGUACCACAAAGCCAUAGAAGCAAUCAGAAGCUUGCCACUAUACUUACUCACACACCACAUUGGCAAUUCCAACCAUGAAAUCCCAAUCAUCUUCUCAAGGUAUCAAACACUUUCAGACCAGUCUCUAGUGACCCUCGGUGACCUAUUUUAUUACAUGUUAGAGCUCAAGUCACGCCUUCCCCGCGAAACCAGCAUCGGUGCGUCCUCUAACGCCAUGGCUGAGACCAAUUGUCGCUGGUCCCCUAAAAGGAUUGAGAUGGCAACAAGGGUCAUUGUUGAGGCCUUGAAAAGGACAGAAUUCAGGUGGAUCUCAAGGCAGCAAGUUAGAGACGCUGCUCGCGCCUACAUCGGUGACACCGGUUUGUUGGAUUUCGUUUUGAAGUCACUAGGGAACCAUGUCGUUGGAAACUACCUCGUUCGCCGAAGCUUGAAUCCCGUGACCAAGGUCUUGGAAUAUUGCUUAGAAGACAUCUCCAAUGUGUACCCUUGUAAGAAAGUGAAGGAAAACAAGUACAAGAUCACAAGGGCUCAACUUAUCAAAGACAUUCAUUAUUUGUACAAGUACAUUCUCAUAGACCCAAAACCAGUGAUAGGGUCAGAGUUUCUCUCAGGUAUAACAUUGGCUUCUAGGAUAAUCCUUGACACCAAGUAUUUCAUCAGAGAUUACUCUGGAGAGGUUCCUUUGGAGGUUCAAUUAGGCUCAGAAGGGAAACUUAGCCUUAAUUGCACAAUUUUGUUGAGGAACAAUGCAGGUCCUGAUGAGUAUUUUAACAAGGCUAGAAUCACUUAUGUGAAUGCAGUUGCGUUAAAUGCAGGUCCCGAUGAGUACUUGCCGCCUUAUGAGUGUAUCCAAUUGAAAAGCAGUGCUACAGUGAAUGACUUGAAGGUGGAAGUUGAAAGGAAUUUCAGGGAAAUCUAUUGGGGGUUAAGGAGUUUUGUGGUUGAAUCAAGUGGGAAUUUGAAUGCUAAUGGGACAGAAAUGGUUUUUGGGCUAAUUGAAGUGGGUGGGAAAGUUGUGCUUGAAGGUUGGUGUGGUGACAUGAUGGGAAUGAACAUGAUUGAGCAAAUGUGUGAAAAUGAUCCAAACAUUGGCAUUGUGGAUUGCAGUUGUGGAACUAAAGAGGAUGAUGGUGAGAGAAUGGUGUCUUGUGAUAUCUGUGAAAUUAGGCAGCAUACUAGGUGUGUUGGCAUUCCGAAUGAUGAACAAGUUCCUCACAUUUUUCUCUGCAAGAGGUGCGAGCAAGAAAUUGUUCUGUUCCCUUCAUUGCCAUAGCUAUACAUUGAUUAAGAUUUGAUGUUUAGUUAUUCUCUUUGUUCUUCUAUGAGUCAACAUUAUUCUUUCCAAGUUUUCUGGUCUAGUUUGUUGUGCUGGUUGCUUUCAAAAAUGUCUUGAGGCUGCGCACACUGAAU